CAGUUCUACAUUGCACUUGUCCUAAUGGAUUACUAAAAUAAACAAAACCCUCACAACAUCAGUCUAAAGUACAAAUGUUUUCAGACUUACGCAAACUUAAUACAAAAUUUCGAAGCUUUUGCAACAGUUAUUUAUUUAUAGAGGACAUUAUGGAUUAAUUACAGGACUAAUUUGAGAACCUGAAAAAGAACUGACGAUGGCGGUGUUACAAAUGGUACUGCUGCUCUGUGCUGGGAGUUCACUUGCAGAAGAAUAUACAGCAAAUUUAAACAAUAUUGCGGAUCUCGAGAAACUGAAAAACAUGGAUGAAAGGAUACAAAAAUUAGAAGAAACACUGGCCACAGUAUUGAGUGAGAAUGAAGUUUUGAAAACCCUGAAAGAACAUUCACAAAAGCUGGAAUUUCUCCAAAAAGAAAAUGAAGCCAAAAAGGUUGCCUUUUCUGCUGGACUUUUGGAAUCUGGAACAGGACACACUGGGCCCUCUAAUUCUGUGAUAACUUUGGUCUACAAAAAAGUAUUUAGCAAUAUUGGAGGUGCCUAUGACUCAAAUACCGGUGUUUUCACAGCACCAGUGAAAGGAGCCUAUUACUUCAAAUUUUACGGUCAUGGUCAUGGUGGAACAACAAUGGCAGUCAGUCUCUUAAAGAAUGGUAAAACCCAGUGCUCAGUGUUUGCUUGGAAGCCUACCUCCAAUGGUAAUGGCAGCAAUGGUGUUGUUCUCACACUGGAGAUCGGUGAUCAGAUUUCUACACAACUUUGGGCUAACACCUGGGUUUAUGAUGACCCAGAAAGUUACACCAGUUUUGGUGGUUUUCUGAUUUUCCCCCUGUGAUUGUCUAAAACUUGUAUCACAUCCAGUGUGCAAUAUGAAAUAAUUAUUUUAUUUGAACUUAAUUGUUCCUGUGUAAGUAAACUACAUUUUAGUAAAGAGUUGUAAAUAAUAGGCAUAGAUAAAGGGAGAUCAUUGCUUUUUAGUUACAAUGUUUAAAUAAAAAAUAAAAAAGUAGUAGUACUUUCCAUAUUUCUAUCAUCAAAUGCUGAACAUUGAAUAAAACCAAAUAUGACUGAA